AUGCCUGAAGCAUAUCAUACACAUAUACUGGAAAACGAUCAAGCGAAAUAUUAUGGCAAAGUGCAAAAACGCCUCAGAAACAUACAGUACAUAACAAGAUAUAAAAUGCAAGCAUUGAAAGGCUUAAACAAUUGGCUGGUAUCAUCUACUGUUAUCAGGAAUAUCUCAGCUCAAAUGUCGUUGUUCGCUGGUGAAGUUGUUGAAAGUUGUUCAUCUUUUCAAGCUCAGCCAGUAUCAUCUUUCAUUAGUCCUUCAUCACCUACUGAUAUUUAUUCAAAUCGUAGCGCUGGAAGUUCGUCUCCAUGUACUUCACCAAAACGUACUAGUAAUUCGCUUAUACUUCUUCAUCUUCCUUUCAAUCAACACUCAAAACUUGAAGUUAAACCAGGCGUUCUUGUGCGCGAUGCGAUUGGGAAAAUUCUUGACAAGAGAAAUAUUCUGCCACAAAUGUGCAGUGUUUGUACCGGACCUGACCCAUCUAGCACUCAGAUAAGUCUCAGUAUGGAUCUUGAAACCCUUGCUAAUGUUUUGGAAAAAAAAGAACUUUGGGUUCAUAGUGCUUAUUUAUCCAUACUCGUAUCUAUUCAGCAUAGCUUUGUUCGUAAAACUUUUCUCUCUGUUGCGUUUUGUGACGUAUGUCGGAAGCAAAUAUGGUUGCAAGGGUAUCGAUGUGAUUUAUGCCAGUUCAAAUUUCAUCAAAAAUGUGCUUCACAAGUGCCGAAUUAUUGUGAUCGUAUGCAGCAAAUUUCGCACGAUGUACAUAUGGCCAAUAAAUUGAGAAAUUUUUGCGAACAGUAUGGUGGGCCAAAUGCAGCCCUAGUUACAGAAAUCAUCCAGCAUUUUCAGAGUCCGAACAUUGGUAAUAUUAUUAAAGAUUCAGCCAGCAACCGGCAACAAGGUAUUACUCGGCAACAAGCAGUGCGGAUUCCUACUCGCAGCGAUGCGACCAGUUCAGCUAUUAGUGUAUCUUCUCGAGAUCGAUCCUCUUCUGCUCCAAAUAUUUAUGAAAUAACUAAGGACGAGCCUGCUCUUGAGGCGAAAGUAAUCGACGCAUUGGCAAGCAAUGUUCAUAUCAGUGUUUCUUCUUCAGGCGCUCCUUAUUACUCAAAUACGAAUCAGUCAAUUACCACUGCUAAACUUAUCAAACCAAUGGUUUUCGGAUCUCGUGAUUGCAAUACUCCGAUAUUUCGACAUUCGAAUCGUCUUCAUCCAUCUGGUGCAGUUGGAAUAUCGUCACCAUCUACUGUAAUUAGUUCACCGACGUCAACUAGUUCAUCACCUCUUCCCGCUCUUUCUACAACAUUAAUUGACGUUGCAUCUGGCUUCCCUCCAACUCCUCCGCAGUCAGCUCCUCCACAAAAAUCUCUUGGAUUCUCCCGUUUUAGAAGCAAAAGUCCUAAUGAUAAAAUUCCUCUUCGAAGUGUAGGACAUCGAUCAUCGAAAUCAUCUGAUCGCCUUGGGGAUACAACUGAAGGUGAUAACAAAGAAAAAACAAAACAGAGAUCUUCAGUUGAAGACUGGGAAAUUGAUCGUUCUCUUGUAACAUAUCACAAAAAAAUUGGAAGUGGAUCCUUUGGCACUGUAUAUUUGGGAAGCUAUUUCGGAAAAGUGGCUAUUAAAAAAUUAAAUGUUGGCGAACCAAGUCCAGUACAACUCCAGGCUUUCAAAAAUGAAGUUGCUGUAUUGAAAAAAACUCGUCAUGCUAAUGUUCUUCUUUUUAUGGGCUGGAUGAGAGAACCUGAUCUUGCCAUUGUUACUCAGUGGUGUGAAGGUUCAUCAUUAUAUCGUCAUAUCCAUGUAAUUGAACCAAGAAUUGAUUUUGAGAUAUCUUCAAUUAUUGAUAUUUGCAAGCAGAUUUCUCAAGGAAUGAAUUAUCUCCAUUCGCGUCAUAUCAUCCACAGGGAUUUGAAGUCGAAUAACAUUUUUUUGACGGAAGACAGCACAGUUAAAAUCGGUGAUUUUGGACUUGCAACCGUGAAAACAAGGUGGAGUGGUAGUCAACAGAAUCAGCGACCAACUGGAAGUAUAUUAUGGAUGGCUCCUGAGGUGAUUCGGAUGCAAGAUCCUAAUCCAUAUACACCACUAUCUGAUGUUUAUUCUUUUGGAAUUUGUUUAUACGAAUUGCUAACAGGAACAUUGCCUUAUUCGCACAUCAAUAGUAGAGAUCAGAUAUUAUUUAUGGUCGGCAGAGGUUAUUUAAAACCUGAUUUAUCGAAACUACGCCAUGACACGCCUAAAGGACUUCAGACUAUACUUGAGCGUUGCAUCAAAUAUUCUCGUGAUGAUCGACUUGAAUUUAAUCAAGUACUAACAUAUUUGGAACGAACAUCCGCUGAUCUUCCACGGCUUAAGCGCUCUGUAUCUGAGCCACAGCUUUAUUGCAGUCAGUUUGAUCAGAAUGAAUUUCUUUUUCCCGUCCAAUCACCAAUUACACCGAAGGGGGCGGUGUCAGUCAAUAAUUUUCCAGUUUUUUCUAUUUAUAAUUUUGCUGAAUAUUCUUAA